UUUUUUUAAAUUUACAGUUUGCCGUUAGCUGUUUUCGGUGGAUGAGAUGGUUUGCCAAAUGAUCCAAUAAAUUGACAUUAUAUUAGGCUAGUGACAAAGUGUUAUUAUUUCAAGGAUGUCUCUCUGUGUUUGGAGGAGUUUUGUUGCAUCUUAGCUUUGGAUAUUUUUAUACUGUUUCCAACAUGGUUCCAUAUAUUAUGGACUACCUAAGAACAUAUGUUAACCCAAACUUAUCGGAUAAGGACGCAAUUUGGUUAUCAGCGCUAGGAUUUUGUACUCAAGGCUUUUCCAUGCCUGCCGGGGGAUUAAUUGCAAAAAAAGUGGGGUUUAGAAUAGUGGUUGCGACAAGUUGCAUAUUUUUGAGUGGAAGCGUGUUUCUUACAUAUUUUACAAUCCAGAAGACAUUUGUUGGAGUAGUAAUAACAUAUUCAUUAACAAUGGGUAUAGGAAUGGGAUUCGCUUAUUCUGUGGUGUUCGCUGUUGCAACAACAUGGUUUCCAGAAAAACGUGGAUUGAUUGUGGGAAUAAUUGUAAGUGGAUUUGGCUUUGGAGCACUGGUAUUUUCGCCUAUUCAGACUGCUCUUAUCAAUCCGACAAACGUAAAAGUAGACAAUGUUACUCGCCACUUUACUGAUAUCGAACUUCUUGACCGGGUACCUAGAACCCUUUUAAUUUUGGGAGGUAUAUUAUUAGGGAUUCAGAUAAUCGGCUUCAUUCUUCUACGCCCAAGACCUUCUUCAAAACAGGCAAAUAUAACCCAGAAGAUUCAAGCUUCAAAUGACGUGAAUCUAUCACCAAAACAAAUGUUCCGCUGUAUUGAUUUUUAUUUAUUGUGGCUCGUAAUGUUCUGCAACAUUAUUCCUAUUACAACAAUCACGUCAACUUAUAAGCAAUUCGGUCAAAAGUACAUUUCAGACGACAGAUUUUUGUCAGCUAUAGUUACUAUUUCAUCUUUAUUCAAUUGCGCUGGUCGUGUGAUGUGGGGUUCGAUUGCUGACCGAUUUUCGUUUAAAGUGCCAUUAUGUGUAAAACUUACUAUUUGGUCAGUCGUUCUAAUAACAUUUCCACAUUUGUCAUUAUUUUCGGAAAUAGUAAUCAAAAUAUUAUUUCCUAUUUGGGUAUUCGUCUUAUUUACAUUAUUCUGCGGAACAUUCGUCCUCAUUCCAAAUGCAACUGGCACGGUUUUUGGGCCAGUCAAUUUAGCUGUGAAUUAUGGUUUAGUAUUUCUAGCAUUUUCGUUUGGAAGUUUUGCAUGCGCAAUUUUCACAACAUUCUUAACCCCAGAUGGUGCUUAUGUAUUCCAAUACACUUCCUGUGGAGCCGUUUGUCUAGUGGCGCUGUUUAUCACAUUGUGGAUCGAGGAUAGAAAAACAUCAGAGAAAUGUCAACUAUGUGGAUGUUUCGUUCGACGUUGUCUAAAAUUACGAGUAAAACAACCGCUAAGUAGUCCACAUGAACUACAAGCGCUUAGAUCAUAAUAUGAAUGGUCGGUUUUAUGAUAUUUAAUAUCUGCAGCACGAAUAUAUAUAUAUAAUCUUUUAAAGUUCCAUAAACCAUAACUUCGUGCAUCAUAGAGAAAUUAGUGCACAAUAGCAACGCUUUUAUUAUUAUUAUUACUAUUAUUAUUAUUAUUAUUAUUAUUAUUAUUA